ACCAACAUGUUCGUGUGUGAACUGUAUUAUUUCAUAUUCUGCACAAAAAAAAUCCACUUCCUUUAAAGGUGUUUUCGUAUUUCCGCUCAGCUCAAAUCCCUUUAAGAAAAACCACAACAACUCAACAGCUGAUGUAAAGAUGGCGACUCUGUGCUCAGAAGUGACCGCUAGUCUGGCCUCGAAAGACCCGGGGAAUGAAAUUCAUGCUAUUUUACGGCGGUGCAGGGGUCGACCCAGGCUGUCAGACACAGACCGAGCUCGAAGACGACUCGAAUCCCGGAAAAAGUACGAUGUUAGACGAGUGUACCUCGGAGAAUCGCACAAGGUCUGGAGCGACCUGCGACAGAAAACCUGCAUGAGCGACGCCGGACUCGCCGAGUAUUUAAUCCUGCUGAACUCGGCUUACGGAGAAAGAUACCAGCAGAAAUACUGCGUGAAGAACUUUCCAGAACUGUGCAGAAAUCAGAAAAAAGGGAAGAAGGUGGCUGCCACGAGCUUACACAGCUUGGUGAGCUGGUAUCAGCAGCACUGCCAGAUGUGCUCUCAUGAGCCUGAGCUGCGGUCUGUAGAGCCAACGCUGGGCCUGUCCACUACUGUGGUCUGGCAGUGUGAUGCUGAACAUUCAUUCAUACAGCACAUUUCAUGGCCUGUGGGAGGCAGUAGCGAGUCUGAUGAGGAGGACAACAGUGGUGAUCCAGAGCCAAAGAAAAAGACAGCUGUCCAGACUACAGCAACAGCUGUGAGCAACCAAAGGACAUUGGCAGAUACUGAAGAUGAACUGGAGAGUGCCACAGCAGAGGUUUCUAAAGUGGCUCAACAGAUGUCCUGCACAGCUUUCAGUCAACUCCCAGAAUCCCACAGCGAAGCUGUCACAUCCUCACCCUCCCUGGGGGACCAGGUCAUGUGGGAAACGGAAGCAGAACGAGAACAGGAGCUGGCCAUGGCUGACUGUGAAAAUGAAGUGAGAGAUGACUUUUCUUUGGUGGAGGCAAGCGACUCAAAGUCUGAAGUUUUAGGUCAUCAUGGUCCUGGGACAGAUGGUUAUGAAUGCGUGGUGGUCACGGCGGCUUUGAUGGAAAAUCUGCAGGGACCGGACGGAGCCAGUAAUUUGACGGGGGACAUUGAAGAGAAUGGGGCCGGACCAAUUUCGGGAGGAAUGACCCACACGCCCACAGCCGCCACUCCAGUACAAGCAGAGCUCUAUGAAACACAGGCACUGCAGAGCAUGGUGGGAAGCUGUGAGCUACCAGACCAGCAUGCUACACUGCAGGGCUCACAGCUGAUCAUAAUCACAGGAUCCAGUUAUGAAGCGAUGACGUCUGAAGGCAUUCAGCUCAACGUGGGUGGCGGAGACGUCGAGGGGGUCACGUGCACCGUGAUAGAGGGGAUGUCUUACAAUCAGAUGUGCCAAUCAGAAGCAAUCAUCCAGAACAGCGUCUCACCUACAGAUACCAUGAUGGACCUGAGCGAGAAGCCGGCGUUGGAGCCUAGUGAAGAAUCACGCAGUCAGAAAGAUAUUCAGUGCUCUCUCAGCAGGUCUAAGAGAAGUCGUCAGGGUCCAGUUAUCGAGGCAGAUGGCAUGCUGAAAAUGUUCCACUGUCCGUAUGAGGGCUGCAGCCAGGUGUACGUGGCCCUCAGCAGCUACCAGAACCAUGUGAACCUGGUACACAGAAAAGGCAGGACAAAAGUGUGUCCCCACCCCGGUUGCGGGAAGAAGUUUUACCUAUCUAACCAUCUACAUCGGCAUAUGAUUAUUCACUCGGGAGUGCGAGACUUCAUCUGCGAGACAUGUGGCAAGUCUUUCAAACGCAAGAACCAUUUAGAGGUGCACAGGCGCACUCACACAGGAGAGACGCCAUUACAGUGUGAAAUCUGUGGCUAUCAGUGUCGUCAGCGGGCUUCCCUCAACUGGCACAUGAAGAAGCACACGUCGGAGGCACACUACAACUACACCUGCGAGCACUGCGGCAAGCGCUUCGAGAAACUUGACAGUGUCAAGUUCCACAAGCUCAAAAGCCACCCAGACAGACAGACCACUUGAAAGAGUGUGUGUAGAGAGGAGGAAAGAUGGAGAUAUAUAUAUAUAAUAUAAUGGGCUUCUGUUAACACCAGUUUUAUCUUGGCUUGUACUGUUUGUGGUCCGGGCACUGAGUAAGUGCACAAGGGGGGAGGAGAUAAUGAAACAAAGCAUGAAGGAAAGACCUAAAAAGAAUAGUGGUCUAAAGAGGCCAAUAGCAGCAGAAGUUAAACCUGUAUGUGUGAGGCAUAAUUAUUUUGUGUGCUGUGCUGGUCACAGCUUUCAUUCACCAGCUUUUGGUGUUGCAUGAUUCUUAAAUGUUUGUGUGUAUUGUUUACAAAGUGUUUAUGUUCACAUUCUACUCUAAAUCGUCAUCUUGAGCUUUAUAAAAUGUGUUUAAUUCAUGUGUUUAAACACAUUUUAUGUGUGAAAUUUUUUAUGAUGAACGUCUUUUAGGUGGAAUUAAGUGCACAGAAGGGGUAGAGUGUGGAAAUUGCCACUACAGAAUUUAUUCUGAAUUCUUUUAAGAAGUAUUGCAGCUGAGAAUGGUUAUUUUUCAACAUGUAACAGGUGAAUAUCUUUUUGUGUCAUAAAAUACAAGGGCCAAUUAUGUUCCACUGUGAUGGACUGACGUCUCAGCCAGGGUGCACCACCUUGUGCCCAGUGUUCCCAGGAUACGCUUCAGAUAGCAACACUUCAUCCUGGUUAGCAACAUUACUGAAGAUGAAUGAAUGUUCUAAUAUGCAUAUGCAGGUUAUUGCAACACCAGCUUACCAAUAGCAAAGAGUGGAAACUGAAAGAUUGGCUGUGUUUCACAUUUGUGGUUUUAUGGAAUCUGGAUUGACUACACAAGCACAACCUCAGAUCUGUUUUCAUUUUAAAGUGUACAGAAGCAUUUCAGCUGUUUAGGGCUGAACUAUUUAAAAUAGAUGCAAAUAUAUUGUCAAACUGAAAACGUUCCGUUUUAAUAGCCCUUAGUCUUCAGGAACUGAAGCAGUCUCAACAGAAGAGAAUGCUUGUUGACCUCCAUGUGUCAGGUAAUAGAUGUAAAAAAAAAUAGUGUCAUUAAGACAACAACUGAAAUCAGUUACAGUCAAAUGAGACCAAAAUUAAACUUUUUGGUCAUGAACACCAUCAGUAUAUCUGGGGGAAAAUAGAAGAAAAAGGGAAAAGUCACCAUAGCUGCUAUAAAUGUGGUGGCUCUUGGGGUUGUUGAAGAUUCCACCAAGUAUCAUAACAUUUGUUAUUCAUAACCUGGCUACCUCUGCCAGGCAGUUAAAGCCUGGCUUUAUAAGGGUCUUUAAGCUAGAUAAUGACCCCAAUCAUAUAUCCAAAUCCAAAAUCCACAGGAACACAGUGAGUUGCAGUGGUGACCUCAGUAUCUGAGAAUAGUCCACAUAUGCAAACUUAAGAAUAUAAAGACAUGUUCUGAAUGGAGGAUCUAAAAUCCAUCUACAAAUGUCUCCAAUCAUGUUUGCCAUUACAGGAAGAGGCUCAGAGCUGUUAUUCUUUCCAGGAAAGGUUUUAUGGAAUAUUAAUUUGUGGAAGUGCCAAUAAUUUGGAAAUCAUUGUUUUGCAGAAUAUGUAGUACUUUUUUUUUUUUUUUUUUUUUUUUUUUUUAAAUAAAUAUUAUGUUAUAAUAUAACCAUACAGUAUGUCUGUAUGUUUAAACUCACAAUGUCACUAAUUGCAUGUUCAUGUCAUACAGUUAUUGUUGUUGCUGUUCAUUAGGGGUGCCAAUAUUUGUGUAACAGUCUGACUACAUGUAGCUAUUCUGUUGAACUUUGCUUUUUAAUUAGUGACUGAAAGGCUUGACACACACAGCUGAGUGAAUUGUGGGAAUAUGUAGGACUUUUAUUGCAAUACUGUGUAACGGUGAAUGAAAGUAAGAGUCAGUCAGUGAGGUUGCAUUUGCUUUAUCAUAACUGAUCUUGUUUGUUCUUUUAUGAACCUGUAUUAUUUAUUAAUAUACUUCUUUGUAGAAUAGAUUUUUACAUGAGACUGUUAUCCAAUAUGUUUUUAAACAGAUUUAUUCAAUCUUCA